UUAUUUUAAUUUUUUUAGAGUCCUAUACCUUUCGUUCAUGUGAGAACUUUAUCUUGAUUUCUCUAUAGUAUUUCGUCAUCCCUUACCCUUCUCCUGCAAAUAAAAAAUAAAAGUUAGAAAGAGUCUGAACUUAAGUAGCUUAGUAAUGGUUCUAGAAAUUAAAUACUUCUCUUCCAGGCAAAUCUGUCUUUGACAACUAUUGCUCCCAAAUUCAUGAUAGAAGAUAAACUUUUACAAUAGCUUAUUAGAUAUAGAAGGAUGUUUAUUCAGUUAUUGAGCUCGAUAUUGUUCCUCCUCACUCUCCCAUUUUUCUUCUUAAUCACCACCAAAGCCUCCAAAUCCAAGAAACCAUCGACAGCCCCAUGUCCAUCCACUGUUUUCCCGAAGUCUUAUCCAAUAAUCGGCUCCUACUUCGCCAUCAAAUCCAAUCGAAGCAAUCGCUUGCAGUGGACUACACGUAUCCUCCAGAGCUCUCCCUCUGCAACUUUCACUCUCCACCACUUGUUCGGUUUUCGCCAGAUCUUUACUGCAAACCCUGCCAACGUCCAGCACAUGCUCAAGACCCACUUCUUCAACUACCAAAAAGGCCCUCAUUUUACAAGCAGUCUCUUCGAUUUUCUUGGUAACGGCAUCUUUAACGUUGAUGGGGGGUCUUGGAAGUUCCAGAGACAAGUUUCUAGUCACGAGUUCAACACCAAAUCUCUUCGUAAAUUUGUACAAACUGUUGUUGAUACCGAGCUUCAUGACCGUUUGAUUCCGAUGUUUUCUGCUGCUGCAUCUGACCAGACCGUGCUUGACUUGCAAGAUAUUCUUCAAAGGUUCGCUUUUGACAACAUUUGCAAGAUCGCUUUUGGGUUUGACCCUGCCUGUCUCUUGCCUUCUUUACCGCAGGCACAGUUUGCAGAAGCUUUUGAAGAUGCUGCUCACAUAAGUAGCGAAAGGUUCCGUGCUUUUCUUACUAUAACUUGGAAAAUCAAGCGAUUUUUCAAUGUUGGUUUAGAGAAAAGACUCAAAAUUGCAGUCUCUCAAGUCCGUGAGUUGGCAAAGAAGAUUGUAAAGGAAAAGAAACAAGAACUAGCUGAUAAUUCCUCUUUGGAAUCGGUUGAUCUCUUAUCAAGGUUCUUGAGCUCAGGCCAUUCAGACGAGAAUUUCGCUACGGAUAUAGUAAUCAGCUUCAUACUUGCCGGCCGUGACACAACAUCAGCGGCUUUGACAUGGUUUUUCUGGUUACUAUAUAAACACCCUGAAGUUGAAAAAGAAAUUCUCAAAGAAAUGAAAGAGAAAUCGAAUAUGCCAGUGUUUGAGGAAGUUAAAGACAUGGUCUACACUCAUGCUUCUCUUUGCGAGAGCAUGAGACUGUACCCUCCAGUCCCGGUGGAUACCAAACUGGCAAUGGAGGACGACGUUUUGCCAGACGGGACGGUGGUAAAGAAAGGAACGUUAGUAACGUAUCAUCCUUACGCGAUGGGAAGGAUGGAGAAGUUAUGGGGAUCAGAUUGGGCAGAGUUCAAGCCAGAGAGAUGGGUGGAGAGAGAUGAGGCAGGGAAGUGGAUCUUUGUUGGGAGAGAUUCUUAUACUUAUCCAGUGUUCCAGGCAGGACCCAGGAUUUGUUUGGGGAAGGAGAUGGCGUUCUUGCAGAUGAAAAGGGUGGUGGCUGGUGUUCUAAGGCGAUUCAAGGUGGUGCCGACGGUGGAGGAUGGGUUUCAGCCAGAGCUUCUUGUUUAUCUGACGUCUAAGAUGAAAGGUGGCCUCCCCAUCAAGGUUGAGGAAAGGGGAGAGUUUCCCUACCUGUAGCGACCCUGUUUUGUUCGGGGCUGAAGUGGUUGUUUCUGGUUCAUCAAUGAAAUUUGGACUUUUAAUUGGGUUUGGAUUAUUAUUAUUUUCAGACUAUUUAUGUUAUGUUAACUGAAGCUUGUUGCUUUCUGUUUUGUUUGGUUUUUCUUGCAAUAAAUUAAAAAGAAGAAAAUUGGACGAAUGUGGGUAAGUGCUAAUCGAGUUAAAAUCUGCUGGAGGCGAAGUCUUUUUUAUAAAAAACACUCUUUCAGGUGGGAUUCAAUCAAAUAAAAAAGAAAUAAAGUCUGGUUUCUAAAAAUU